UUCAAAAUUAUAUUGCCUUACCACUUAAAAGACUUAAUUUUUGACGGUAAAAUAUUUAAACAAUAGAAAAUAUUCACAUCUUUAUAAAAUAAAAUGCAUAAUGUUACGUCCAAUGUUAUAUGGAACCCUUUUUAAAGUUUGCAGACAGAUUCAUAAAAUGAGUAUCCCCACAACAAAACCAUUUACUGUAUUCGUAGAAGGCAAUAUUGGAAGUGGUAAAACAACAUUCCUAGAACAUUUUAGACGAUUUGAAGAUAUCACGUUGUUGACGGAACCUGUUGAAGAAUGGCGAAAUCUCCGUGGAUGGAAUCUAUUGGACCUCAUGUACAAGGAUCCAGCAAAAUGGGCUAUGACUUUUCAAGCGUAUGUCUCACUUACUAUGUUGGAAAUGCAUCGCAGACCGACUACUACGCCAGUAAAAUUAAUGGAGCGAUCAAUAUACAGCGCUCGAUAUUGCUUUGUAGAACAUAUGAUGAAAUCAGGUGUCAUGCAUCCCGCUCAGUUUGCAGUCCUCGAUGAAUGGUUUAGGUUUAUCCACCAACAGAUACCUAUUGAUGCAGAUCUUAUUGUGUACCUAAAAACAACUCCAAGUGUAGUAUAUGAUAGGAUAAAGAAGAGAGCUCGUUCCGAAGAGCAGUGUGUUCCGCUGUCUUACAUAGAAGAGUUGCACAAAUUGCAUGAAGACUGGUUGAUCAACAGGGUGCAUGCUGAGUGUCCUGCUCCUGUGUUAGUUAUAGAUGCAGAUUUGGAUUUAUCUAAAAUAACUGAGGAGUAUAAGAAAAGUGAACACAGAAUCCUCAGACAAGCCGUUGAUGUUGUGAUGAAUUCACCAAACAAACUUAGCCCUAAGAAACCAAUCACAGGAUCGCCUAUUUCUAUUGUACCAAAGAUAAGACUUUAACAGUUUGAUUUCAUAGAAAUUUAAUUUAUUAAAAAUAUAAUAAUAUCUAUUUUUGCACUAAGAUCUUCGAGAUAAUUAGUAGAAUCUUACUUAAAUAUCAUGAUUUGGAAAAUGGUAUAAAAAAGGGUAUUAAAAAAAUAGGAUAUGUAUAAUUUGUAGAUACUGAAUUAAAUUUAAGACCCAUGUGAUUUUAAGUAAUGAAAAAAACUUUAAAAACUAGUGUAGCUAAAUUGAAAGUGGUACAAACAAAAGGAUAUAAUAUCCAAAAUGUGCUUUCCUGAAAAACUGAAGUUUCAGCUUAAAUUAUUAGUGUAAGUUACGAAAUCCCCCUUCUGUUCGUAGUUUUAAUUUUUUUUCUCUAUUAUUGUAAUUGUAACCAGUAUUGUAAUUUUAUUAAUAAUUAGGAUAUUUCUUGAUGUAGCCUGUUUCUAAAGCUAAAUGUUCCAAACUUGAUGCAUUUAACAAAUGGAUUUUGUUCUCUAUUGUAUUUUUGUUUGUAUGGGGUUCAAAUAUUAUAUUGAUAGACAAAAGUAUGAAUGUAAUACUUAAAAACUAAGUACCAGUACCUAAAUAUAUAUAAUAUUAAAGAUAUA